AGGAACGAAACGAUUGAUGACACCGCUUGGAGGGAUUGGAGGGUGGUUUUGACCCCAGGGUGGAACAUGCUUGAAGGUCCGACAGGGGCUAGUAAUUGGAUUGAUAAUACAGACGUACAAAACGAAUUCCCAACAUUAUCAAACGAUUAUAACUCUUCCAUCUCCUUCACAUCCCAACCAGAUGCGGCCACUACCAUCUUAUUCUCCGGUUCUACUUUCUGGGCGUAUGGUAUUUCCGGUCCUAAGGAAGGUACAUACGAAGUAGAUUUGGAUGGACAAUCUCAAGGCGUGUUCAAUGCU